AUGUGGGGGGAGGGGAAGGUUGAGGGGGUGGUUGAGGCAUGGAAGGCGAUGAACCACAGCUUUCGGCUUGGGGAGUGGAGGGGUUCUUCGGAGGAGGUAACUUACCACCCACUGGAUGUUCUCCGGCUCAGGCUAGCAGUUCAAUCUGGACACAUCAUUUUAUCUCAGGAAUCUGUCCCAGAGAAGUACAAGAAUAGACGAGAAACGUCUUUAGCAACUGCUCUUCUUUCAGCAACAUUUGCAACUUUGAUGUGUUAUCCCCUGGACACUGUUAGGAGCCAGAUGCAGAUGAAAGGCACACCACACAAUACAGUUUCUGAUGCUAUUCCAGUUAAUGUCCUCAAUACACUCUUCACCAGUCUGAAUUCUCCUAGCCAGGUUGGUAGGCGAAUGGCGGUGAUCCUUGUGGCCAGUCAUGGCAGGGCAUUACUUGCUUAG